AUGGAAGACCACAGGCAAGCUAAUUGCAAUGUCAUUGGGGAACUAAUAAAAUCAAAAUACAUGUCAAUAAAGAGAGUACACACACCACAUGACAUAAUCAACAACAUGCUAGAUGAUUUUGGUGUUUCAAUGGGGUACCAAAAAGCCUGGAGAGUAAGAGAAAAAGCUUUAGAAUUGGCAAGGGGAAACCAAGAUGAUUCAUACCAAAAACUUCCCAUCUACCUUCACAUGCUAAAAGUCUCGAACCCAGGAUGGAAACACUGUAGGCCAAUCAUUGUGAUAGAUGGAACUUACUUGAAGACAUCAUUUGGGGGAACUUUAUUCACUGCUUCAACAAUGGAUGCUAACAACAACAUAUUCCCAUUAGCCUUUGGAAUAGGAGACUCUGAAAAUGAUUCAUCAUGGUUAUGGUUUUUCAUAAAGCUGAAGGAGACAUAUGGAGAAAGAGAAGGUAUGGCAAUCAUUUCAGACAGGCAUAAAAGCAUAGAAAAUGCUAUAGACGAUGUAUACCCAAAAGCUUUCCAUGGAGCAUGCAUAUUCCACCUAUGCCAUGCUCCAACAAGAAGAUAUACAAUGAUGACAUCAAAUAUAGCUGAAUCAAUAAAUGCUGCAUUGAAAGCUGCAAGAACGCUGCCAAUCACUACAAUGAUGGAGGGCCUUCGAAGUUUAGUUCAAAAAUGGGUAUGGAAAAAUGGUAACGAAGCAAACGGAACAUUCACACAAGUAACAACAGAUACUGAAACUGUGCUUAGAGAAAACUUUAUUCGUGCCAUUAAAUUUCGGGUCUUCCCAGUAAACACUAUAUUGUACCAAGUUGUGGUUGAACAGAAAGGAAAUUUUUUGGUCAACCUAAUGGAGAAAACAUGUGAAUGCAAAAGAUUCCAACAAGACGAAAUACCGUGUGCACAUGCAAUAGCAGUAUUCACCAAAACACGGCUGAAAACAUAUGAUUAUGUUGCUGAUUACUACAAAACUACAACUAUGAAAGCAACAUAUGACUCAACUGUUCAUCCAUUGCCAAAUUACAGCGAAUGGACACUGCCAGAGACUUUAAACAUAAUUGUCCUACCACCAAAAUCAAGAAAACCACCAGGCCGCACUAGAAGAAAAAGAAUCAGAUCUAGAGGAGAACCAAAGGUGCAAAUAAAAUGUGGAAGAUGCGCGCAGCAAGGGCAUAAUAGAAAAACAUGCAGGAAUGAACCAAUCCUAAAGCUGCGAAACACAACAAAGUCAAAGAAAAUAGACAAAUAA